CCGGGUAAUUUGAGGCGGAGGAGGAGAGGAGAAGGGAGGGGAAUAAAACCCCUCAGCAGUCCAUGGUCGGAGGUGUUGGAAACAGAGACGGAACAGAGACGGAAACGACGCGCACACGUGGAGGAACAGACGCUUCACAGUUUGCUGAGGUGGAGGACACAACAACAAUGCGCCUGGAUGAGACAAAUAGGUGACUGGAAAGAAAGAAGCGCGUCUUGUUAUCUUCUGCGCUCCCUGAUUAAGACAAUAAAAGCUCAUGGAAAGCCCCUGGAGGAGGAGGAGGAGGAGGACGCAGGAGGUGAGAUGGAAGCUGCUGAGGAACUCGCUGCUGCUUUGUUUAUUCACUGGCGGCAGUGAAGCCCAGUGUGAAGGCUGUAUAGAGUAUUGCUGCGAUGGAUCGCCGCCUUUCUGCUGCUCCUACUACGCCUACGUGGGGGAUGUCCUCUCGGGCACCGCCAUCUCCGGUAUCGUUUUCGGCGUGGUGUUCCUGAUGGGGGCGGUGGCGGCCUUGUUCCUGUGCGUGUGUAUGUGCAUGAAGAACGGGCGGGGAGCCCGGGUCGGCGUGUUCAGCACCUCCUACAUCAACACUGUGACCCAGGGCUACCCAGGUCCUCCACCUCCAUACACCUACGACUACGAGAUGUACACUCCCUCGCUGCACCCCCCGCCUUACACCGCAACUCAGCCUCCGCCGGCAAGCUACUCCCCCCCUCCUCCGUACCCCGGCUGCACCCGCAAGUGAGCAUCAACCGGGACACUGUCACGGCCUGGUUUUCCAGACCUGGAGGUGGCUGCACACCUCUGGCCUCUAACGGGACAAUUUAAAGGGGUGCAUAAACAUUUCCACAUUUCAAAAAAAAAAAAGGGUGGCCCAGUGCAAUAUUGUUCAGCAAGCCAGAAUGACGUGCCUGCAAGGUGUUACUGCAUUUCUGCUGGACCAAAUGGUGGAGAAAUGAAUAAUAAUUUAACACGACGUUGGUCACAACGCCCCACAUUCCCAUAGACUUAACCAAUAGCAGCCCUGCUAGCCCGCAGGCUGCAGCUGGUACCUUUUUCCCCGCUAAUAACCAAUAUUCUUAUCCGUCCCCGGCUGUGCACAUCAAAGGCGCCGCCGCGCCGCUUUGAUGAAGGUGAAGACCACUUUUGUCAGCGUGGAAGGGAAACCUCACAUCACUGGAGGAAGAAAAGUAUUUCCAGGACACGGCGUAGACUCUGCUUUUAUGCAAAGUAAGAAAAAACUUGAUUUAUGUCAGCGACUGAGGUGGAAGUUGAUGAUUAAAGCUGUUUUUAAACAAGUCAGGUCCGGACCUGUCAUGUGUAGACACAAAGACUUGAACAUAAUGCAUAAUACUGACUUUAAUAAUGGCAACUUGAAAGGACUGGAGUGUUGGUAAUGAACUGGUUUUUAUUGCUUUACUUGAAACAAUGAAGGUGAAAAGGGGGUCACAUAAUGUUCAGUUGAAAAUGUGUAAUUUUUUUGCCUUUGUGAGAUAAAUUGUGACGCAUUCAUCAUUUUGAAUUGCAGUUGUAGGCUAAUUAAGGUUUGUAAUUGAAUUGACCUCACAGUGCUAUGACUGAUACAUGUGAUGGAUGACUGUGAAUGAUGGAUUUACAUGUAAUGUGUCAGGUAAAUGGUCUUAUGUUUCUUUACUGUGUUGUAAAUUAAAGAUGUGAUUAAAAACGUUUUUUAAAGUAUGAA